GGGGUGGGGAAGCCGGAUCCGUGCGCAGGGUUGCUAAGGGUGAAACUUUUCAUUGACUUUGCUCACUUCGGGCCGGGGCGCGGGAAGGUGCGGGUCGUCGCGGUAGAGAAGCGAGUGGCUCGGGCGACGCGGGGCCAGAAAGGCAGGACCGCCCGCUAGCCAGAGCCCGGACCGUUCUCUGCCCCGCGACACAAGCCGCCCUCCGGUCCGACAUCCUCGCUUCGUCGCCGCCGGCCGGCCCGCCCGCCUUCCGUCCCCUCUCCGCCGAGCCUGACCUCCAAAAAGCUGAAAGAAUUAUUAUUGAGAGUCAUAGCCCAAAACUCCCUCACUUGUCCCCCAACCCUCAACGAAUAAAAGGACCCAUCAGCCUCCGGCCCGGCGGCGCCCAGAAAGGAAGGAAGAGCGACCUCCGACCCGCGCCCAGGACCACCCUGGAGGGAGAAGCCUCCCCACCACCGGCAGACCGCCCCGCCACCGCGGAGACCCGAAGCUGUCUGGAGCCCAAGGCUGCCUACCUUCCAUCACCUGCCACUGCCCUCGGCUUGUAUACACGUGCCCGGAGCUGAUUUGCCGCCACGGAAAGGACCAUGCAGCUGGAGAUCAAAGUGGCCCUGAACUUUAUCAUCUCCUACUUGUACAACAAGCUGCCCCGGCGCCGGGCAGACCUGUUCGGCGAGGAGCUGGAGCGGCUCCUGAAAAAGAAAUAUGAAGGCCACUGGUACCCUGACAAGCCCCUGAAGGGCUCCGGCUUCCGCUGUGUUCACAUCGGGGAGAUCGUGGACCCUGUGGUGGAACUGGCCGCCCGGCGGAGCGGCCUGGCCGUGGAGGAUGUGCGGGCCAACGUGCCUGAGGAGCUGAGCGUCUGGAUCGACCCGUUCGAAGUGUCCUACCAGAUCGGCGAGAAGGGGGCGGUGAAAGUGCUGUACCUGGAUGACAGCGAGGGCUGUGUCGCCCCAGAGCUGGACAAGGAGUUCAAGAGCAGUUUCAACCCCGAUGCACAGGUCUUCGUGCCCAUCGGCAGCCAGGACAGCUCCCUGUCCAGCUCCCCAUCACCAUCCUUCGGCCAGUCGCCCAGCCCCACCUUCAUCCCCCGCUCUGCCCAGCCCAUCACCUUCACUACCGCCUCCUUCGCCGCCACCAAGUUUGGCUCCACCAAGAUGAAGAAGGGCGGCGGGGCCGCAGGGGGCGGGGGUGUGGCGGGCGGUGGGCCCGGGGUCCCCCAGCCUCCACAGCCCCGCCUGGCCCGCUCCCCCACCAGCAGCCUGCUGAAGCACAAGAGCCUCUCCCUGUCUCUGCACUCACUGAACUUCGUCGCGGCCAGCCCGGCCCCUCAGUCACAGCUCUCCCCCAACGCCAAGGAGUUCGUGUACAACGGUGGCCCUGCCAGCCUCUUCUUUGACGGGGCCGAUGGUGGGGGUGCUGGGGCCGCCUCGUGCACUAGCAGCAGCUUUGACGUGGCCCAGGUGUUUGGGGGCGGCACCAACAGCCUCUUCCUGGAGAAGACACCCUUCGUGGAAGGCCUCAGCUACAACCUGAACACCAUGCCCUACCCCAGCCAGCCCUUCCAGCCUGUCGUGCUGGCCAACUGACCGCCCGCCGGUCGCGAGGCCAGGAGCGCCCAAGACCACAGGAAAGAGAAAGGAAAAGAAAGGCCAAAAAAA